UCCCGCCGCCGCCGGCCCCCGGCCGCCGCCACCAUGCAGGAGCUCAUCGCCAGCGUGGACCACAUCAUGUUCGACCUGGAGCUGGCCGUGGAGCAGCAGCUGGGCGCGCAGCCGCUGCCCUUCCCCGGCAUGGACAAAUCGGGUGCUGCUGUCUGUGAAUUUUUUUUAAAAGCGGCCUGUGGAAAAGGAGGCAUGUGCCCCUUCCGACACAUCAGUGGGGAAAAGACAGUUGUUUGCAAACACUGGCUACGUGGACUGUGCAAAAAGGGAGAUCAGUGCGAGUUUCUGCACGAGUACGACAUGACCAAGAUGCCUGAGUGUUACUUCUACUCUAAAUUUGGGGAAUGCAGUAACAAAGAGUGUCCAUUCUUGCACAUUGACCCGGAGUCUAAGAUCAAAGACUGUCCCUGGUAUGACAGAGGCUUCUGUAAACAUGGUCCCUUGUGCAGGCAUCGACACACUCGAAGAGUCAUUUGUGUGAAUUACCUCGUAGGAUUCUGUCCAGAGGGGCCUACCUGUAAAUUCAUGCACCCUCGCUUUGAACUGCCUAUGGGAACCACAGAGCAACCACCACUGCCUCAGCCGACACAAACACAGCAAAAGAGGACACCGCAAGUCAUUGGAGUCAUGCAGUCCCAGAACAACAACUCUGGGAACAGAGGCCCCCGGCCGCUGGAGCAGGUCACUUGCUACAAGUGUGGUGAAAAAGGUCAUUAUGCCAACAGAUGCACCAAAGGACACCUGGCCUUUCUCAGUGGACAGUGAAAGAGCAGAGAGGAGAGUGCAAGGGAGCUAUUAACACUGAGAAAAGGUUUCUGCCUAGCACUAUUUUUUGAACUAUUGAUCAGGUUGUUUUUCUUUUUAAUGCCAUUAUUGAAAGAAUUGGUCAGAGGCUGGCUGCUGCUAAGCAACAUUUUUGUAAUUGUUCACAACUCUUUUUAUGUUUUAACCUUUUUAAAAUAGGUUUUGGCCUCUGACUACUUUCAUUGAGCCCUGCUGGAAGGUAGAUGGAAAAGCGAAUAGAUACGCAAACCCCUCUCUGCUGCAGCAUUCUAUAUAAACACACCCUUACUCCAGUGUUUCCUUAAAGUGUUUUCUUUCUGCUACUGCUCUUUGGGGAACCUGCAGCCUCCCAGCACUGCCUGGGGAAACAGAAAGACGGAGUGGGAGAACUUAUUCUUGAAAUGCCCUCCCUUCAGUGAGGGAGCAGCAAUAGGGCUGUCCCAUAAUUCUUAAAAAGCAAAYUCGUGUUCCUAGAGCGCGGUGGUGUGAGUGAGCUUGUCCUGGGAGCUAAUGCCUCGCACCAGGACGUCAGCCCCUCAUCCACUGGCUUUGUUUUUGUGCUUCUUACUAUACUGAAGGUUAAAAAUUAAUCUUUUUGCGCGAGAACCCAUCAGCAUGGAGUGGGGAGAAUAAAAUUUGCACCUCUAGGGUUAGGUAAAGUACGAGGAGCAAUGACUAUAGGAAAGCCUUAUUUUUGCCCAUUUUUCCUUUGGAAAAAGCAAGUAGGGAAAUGAACGAGGCUUUAAGUUUUAGAAUAAAAUAUACAUCUCUGUCUCCCCUCAGCCAUUCAGCUCRCACUGACCAGGUAUUCCCCUAGCCCAGAGAACACCAAAAAGUGGAGCUGUGUAUUCCUAUGGAAUGCUGCUUUUAAAAAAGUGCUAGAACAUCCUUCUAUACUCCUGCCAGCCCAAACCCAGUACUUUUUGAGAAGACUACUUCAAAAGGGCCAAUGAUAAAAUGUGAAUUAAAAAAAAAGCACCUACAAUGUGAGCCUUAUUGAUUCUAACCCAUCUUGCAUUUGCUGACUGCCUUUAUACUUUGUUUUUAUUGAAAUGUAUUAUUGCAAAAAGUUGGCUGUGGCAUUUGUUUGUUGUACAAAAMCAAAUUAUAGCCAGAUAUAACACAUGGCUAGAAUAACAGU